ACAGCAAAACAAUUUUGGGACUCUUUGUAUUCGACGACACUAAAAAAGACAGCAAAACAAUUUUGGGACUCUUGGAAUUCUUCGGGAUUAACCGAUCUGUUGAUGUCACGUUAAAUUAUUAUGAUGAUAUUGACGCCACUACUCAACGUGUCAUUGAUGAAUACACUCUAGAUGUUACAGUAAAUGAUCUGAGGCUCAUCUCGUCUCUUAUUUCUGACUUUCGCGAUACUCCUGCCGUUCAAGCAUUAUAUUAUUUCUUGUUUGUUUUCGACGAUUUGAUGGUUUUCAGGGGAAUUGACUACAUUGAUGUUAUCAGCGGUUUGGAAAGUAGAGAAAAUAAAUUGCCACCUCGAUUAUCUGAGAUGCUAUCCAAGUUCAUGAGUCUCUGGAAGAACGAAUUUAAAGAGAAAUAUGAUUUAAUACGAACUGAAGCAAUUUUGUGGGUGUCUGCUUCUCACGCGGCCUACGUAGUCAUCCUUAUGAUGUUUAUAUUGAGAGAUAUCAACUGCACCUAUCUGGAAUACAGAACAUUGCAAACUACAUUCGAGAUGUUCGAGUUCUAUCUUAAUGAACUCGCUUCAUGUCUUCGUGAGAAGAAUGAUGGAGAGCUCUCUUCGGUAGAUCAAUUUUUCCAAACAAAUGAUUUUUCCAAAAUCGCAGAGUACUGCACAAAACAGAUCUAUGAAACGAUGAAAGAAUUCGAAGGCAAGUGCAAUAUUAUGGUAUCAUUGGAAUUUAUGAGACUAUGCAAGAAUUCUGUGUUACUUCAUCUGGCAUCGAGUAGAUAUGAAAAAUUUUUCAAUGAAAAUGUUCAAUAA